GAUACCAAUCUGACGGCGGAUCUUGCAAAGAUCGUGUUCGUUGAGCAAGUUCGGUAAAUAGAGAAUGAAAAUGAGGUUAUUCCUCGCUAUUAGUGUCCUGGCCGUAGUAGGGGUCUCACUGGCAGAUGAACCACGUUGUGCCCUUUCACCAACCCAAGCUAGCGGAUCAGCAGUUCAUAGCAAUGUUUUCUGCUCUGGAGACUUAAUCUUCGAAGACAACUUCGACUGGUUGGAUCAAGGCAAAUGGAAGCAUGAAGUCACUUUGGGCGGUGGUGGCAACUGGGAAUUCCAAUGGUAUGUGAAGGACAGCAGUAACUCAUACACUGAGAAUGGUGUGCUCCACAUCAAGCCAACCUUGACAUCUGAAGUCCUAGGAGAAGGAUUCCUAACUUCCGGUACUCUCAAUCUUGGUUCUGAAUGCACCAACAGUGAAUGGUGGGGCUGUGAACGUACUGGAGCACCAGACAACGUUUUGAAUCCAGUUCGUAGCGCUCGUAUUCAUACCAUUAACUCAUUCAGCUUCAAAUAUGGACGUGUUGAAAUCCGUGCUAAGUUGCCAGCUGGUGACUGGCUCUGGCCAGCUCUUUGGAUGCUUCCAAGCGAAAAUGUCUAUGGUGGAUGGCCAAGAUCUGGAGAAAUUGAUAUUAUGGAAUCACGUGGCAAUCGUAACUUGAUCUCGAAUGGAGUUCCAAUUGGCCCCGAACAAAUCGGCUCAACUUUGCAUUUCGGACCAGACUGGUCAGCUAAUGCUUGGCCAAGUGCACACUAUCAAAGAAAUUCUGGUGGCGGACAAGGUUACAAUCUCGGUUUCCACAACUACGAAUUGGAGUGGACUCCUGACCGUCUUACUUUCAAGGUUGACGGUAGUGAGUUGGGAACCGUUUGGGUUGGUAGCGGAUUCUGGGAUCGUGGCGCCUUUUCCCAAAAUGUUCCAUGGUUCGACAAUCCAUGGUGGUGGGGAGGCAAUGAUGCACCAUUCGAUCAAAAGUUUUACCUCAUCAUUAACUUGGCUAUUGGUGGUACUAACUUCUUCCCUGAUGAUGCCUGGAAUCCAGAUGGCAAACCAUGGUCCAACAAUGCACAAUUCCCAACUACUGAUUUCUGGAAUAGUCGCCACGCUUGGUUGAACAGUUGGAACUACGGAGUCAACGAUGAUUCCCACUUCCAAAUUGACUAUGUCCGCGUCUGGGCUUUGUAGAGCAAUUCUAGCCACAAACUCAAAAUAAAUAUUCUGCCUUAAAGAUUA